AGUCACCCGGCCAUUGCGAAGCCGCCCGGGUGACAGCACUGCGCGCGGGCCGAGGGGGAGGCGGCGGCGGCUGGCGCGGGAUGGCGGCGGCCGCCUUGUACUUGGAGCACUACCUGGACAGCAUUGAAAACCUCCCCUGUGAGCUCCAGAGAAACUUCCAACUUAUGCGUGAACUGGAUCAGAGAACAGAAGAAAAGAAGGCAGAAAUUGACAUUCUUGCAGCCCAGUACAUUUCUACAGUAAGGAGCCUGACCUCAGAGCAACGGGUGGAAAUUCUGCAGAAGAUACAUAAUGCUUACACAAAAUGUAAGGAAUACAGUGAUGACAAAGUGCAGCUGGCGAUGCAGACCUAUGAGAUGGUAGACAAGCACAUUCGCCGCCUGGAUGCCGACUUGGCACGAUUUGAAGCUGACUUGAAGGAUAAGCUGGAAGGCAGUGAUUUUGAAAUCCCUGGAAUGCAAAAUCUGAAAAAGGGGCGAGCUCAGAAAGAUAAAAAAAGUUCCCGGGGUCGAGGCCGGCGAACAUCUGAGGAAGAGGCUCCAGUGAAAAAGAGACCAAAACGAAGAUCUGAAUUAGCUGAAACCAUCCUCACUGUUCAUCCUUCAGAUGUCCUGGACAUGCCAGUGGAUCCCAAUGAACCUACGUAUUGCUUGUGCCACCAAGUAUCCUAUGGAGAAAUGAUUGGCUGUGACAACACAGACUGUCCAAUUGAAUGGUUUCAUUUUGCUUGUGUAGAUCUCACCACCAAACCGAAAGGGAAAUGGUAUUGUCCUCGCUGUGUUCAGGAGAAGAAGAAGAAAUAGAAACAAUAGGAAUUAUAACCGAAAAGAGAAAAAAAGUUUAAUAUAUUCCUAUGUGUUGCAAUAUUUUAUUUUUACUGACCUGUCUUCUCAUUUGAUUUAGUAUUUAACCGUUCAGUGGCCAGUUGUAGUUUUCAAUAAAUGGAGCUGUGCUGAGGAGGCAAUGAAGAUUUGGAGAAAACUCACUAGUGAUUUUUUUCCUACUAUGAUUAUGCUUCCAUAGCAGUGUAACCUAUGUAAUGAGUUACUAAGAGUAGUCCUGCACUGGAAUUUCUGCACAUACACUGAAGUCUAUGGAAUUGGCUAUCGAGUAGCAGGUGAAGAUAAUAAACACUGUUAUGGUUGAAGCAUAGUUAAUCUGCACAGUAUUCAUGAAGGAUUUUAAAACUAACUGCACCUUUCCAAAUCUUAUAGCUUCUGACAAAGAGGUUUACUAUGCUGCUGUUUUAGCAUGCAGUUUUGCUUCCUUAGAGGAAAGCUGCAAGGCAGUAGAUAAUUUUUUUUUACAAUAUACUCCCCAGCUCAAAAAGAAAGAGAGUAAUCUAUACUGGUUAAAUAUUGUUCCAUGAGUAAACUUCAGGAAGUUUAUACUUGUUCUCAUUGUUUCUGAUCAGUACCUUUGAGCUUUAUACCGUUCCCACUGAAACCAUAUAUGGUAUAUAAGAAUGUUUAAUAAAGGCAAGCUAUCCAAGAAGUGAACGUAACAUAAGUAUAAUCUAAUUUAGUAAUGAAACAAUAAUAAAGUUUAAUUUUUAUUGAUGCAUAAUCGUCUCUCACAUCACAUCAUCGGAAGAAUCAGCUUUAAAAAUAAACAGAUUAAGAGAAAAGAAAAAUUCCUGUUAUUAUGAAAUAAUAGAACCUCUAGUAUUAAAAUAAUAUUAUUAAAAUUCUAAUACUAUAAAGUUUACCAAGAUACACCAGUAUAAAAUUAAAACUUUAGUAUCAAAAUAUCAUAGAGCUGGAGGCAGCAAUCAUUUUUUCAGAUAGUUGUAAGUGACAUGUUAGGCCAUCAUUGUGCAUAAUGUAUACACGUAAACUAAUAUCUGGUUCAGACAAGAGGAGCAGGUUUUUGUAGGGCUUCAAAAACCCUACUCAUUCAAUUUUUCCUGAGACAAAGCAAGACAAAAGAUAUGGCUGUGGAUAAUGAUGGCUUUUGUUAGUGUCCCUUCAACUAUCUUAAAUGUACCAGCCGUUAGAAAGAGAGAGAACAAUAAUCUUUCUGUACUGGUGGCUAAUUGUAUUGUGAGAUGCUUAUGGCUUUUGGUAUAUAGUUGCAGCAACCAAAAUAUAGCAGUCCUCUGGAGAGAGACAGUAGUGCCAGCUAUUGUUGGUUAAGAAUCCCCUUAUACCUCUGUAACAGUGUGGUGGCUUAUGUUCCAUGUAAACAACUGAGCAUGUUGAUGUUUGCAAUGUUACAGUGAACCUCGAUGUUAUGGAAAACAGGGAAGUAUUAAUUCUGUAGUCAAUUCAAGCUUUAAAAUAUUAGAAAAACUAUUACUAAAAGAAGGUGGUUUGCACUUUGCUAUGAAAGAACGAACAGUCCGUUCUUCACAUCACACUCCUUUUUAGCAGAUAAUGUAAUUCAAUCUUUGUUUGUAUCACUUCGGUUUUCUGUGGCUGGUUUUUUGUUUGUUCGCUUGUUCAGAUUUGCAUUGCUGUCAUAAGAUGUAGGGUGGGAAAAUGUCCUUUGCUUUAUACUUUUUCUGUUUUCUGCAUAAAUAUUUGCAUAAAAAUGUUGUAAUUUUGAAAUAGUUAUCCUCUUGAUAUCAUGUGCAUACACCUGGAACAACAUUACACCCUCUCUGUCAUCACUUUCCUGUCCCAUAAGGGAGAUUUCCUUUUAUACAUCUAAUGCGGAGCACGUUCAUUUAACAUGAGAGUGUGUACUGUUGCUUAGUUUAUAUGAAAGUAGCCCUGCACAAAUUGUGAUCCACUAAACAGCAUACAUCCACUAGCCACAUAUUGUGAUCUUCCAUGCAGACACCAAAAAAAAAGAGAGGUUUAUUAAACACGCAGUGGGCCAUCAUAAAUGGCUGUAUUUGACUUGGUGGCUUGUUGUACAUACAGGUCUACUAAAAGUUUUAGUUGAGGGAUUACUUUGUUACAAAAAGAGGCAAAUUUUUUUGUGAGGCCUCACAGUAUCGUUAGUUAAUCAAUGAGUAAUGUUCCUGGCCUUUAACUUGCUAGUUGCUAAUAUAGCAGCAGGGACUUUCAAGAUCUAUUUCCCCUUUCUUCCAAUUAUGCCAAGUCUUAAUUAACAGAGGAAUAGCGCUAUAGGUUGACACAUCCCCAAGAUGUGUUUUUUGAUAAGCAAUUAAUGCUGCUAUGUAACUAGAGAAGCAAACUAGACUGUUACUUUACCAUAAACUAAAGAUAAUGUCAUGGAUCAGACCAGAGGAAUUAGGUUUUUUUUCCCCUUUGGGAGGCUUCAAAAUAGUAAUUAAGGUUUUUUGGGGGGAACGUGCAGCCCAGUUUCUAGAAUAAUACUAUAGUAUUAUACUGAGCAAUACAAGUAAAUACCACCACCUCUAAGCUAAUUUAUGAACCAGGGUUUUUAAGUUCCUAUUGAUUUAUCAACAAUCCUGUUGAUUCUGACAUGUGGAGAAUAUGUUCUCCUGAAUUUUGAAUGUAUUUUGUUUAAUAGCUUGUUAGGAUUUGAAAUAAAGGAAACAAUUGAAGACAGUAUAUUAAUUUACAUAUUUUGUGACAGUCAGCCUGCUCCCCUAUUAUUCAGAGUUCUGGGCAGGCUAUAUUUCCUUGCAAAGGAAUUAAAAUUAUGUUUUCUUUUACAUGGAAGAGAAUAUUAGAAAUCUUUUUAUUACAAAAUGUGAGAAUGUAUACCUGUAUUUUUGAUCAUGUUAUAAAAAUAAUAGGUAUAUUGUUAUAAAUAAAAUAUUUUUGGACACAA